AACUGACGUGACAGAUAGCCCUAGAGGGGGAGGAGAGAGCUUUGCUCCAUAAAUGGUCCCACCCCUGGACAAGGUGGUUCACUCUGACAGGUAGCAACGGGGGAGUGUGCACCUGCCACCAGUGGAGCUCAGCCAGACUGCGAGACAAGGCUGAGCAAGCAGUGGGAGUGAGUGAACAAUGGACAAGUUGAAGUGUCCCAGCUUCUUCAAGUGCAGAGGGAAAGAGAAAGUGACAGUUUCAUCUGAAAAUUUCCAUGUUGGCGAAAAUGAUGAGAAUCAGGACCGUGGCAACUGGUCCAAAAAAUCAGAUUAUCUUCUAUCUAUGGUUGGAUACGCAGUUGGAUUGGGGAAUGUGUGGAGAUUCCCAUAUUUGACCUACAACAAUGGCGGAGGUGCCUUCUUGAUCCCUUAUGCAAUUAUGCUAGCAUUGGCUGGUUUACCUUUGUUCUUCCUCGAGUGUUCACUAGGACAAUUUGCUAGCUUAGGUCCAGUUUCAGUAUGGAAAAUUCUUCCAUUGUUCCAAGGUGUGGGAAUUACAAUGGUCCUGAUAUCCAUUUUUGUGACCAUCUAUUACAAUGUCAUAAUUGCCUACAGUCUUUACUACCUAUUUGCUUCUUUUCAAAGUGAACUACCAUGGAAAACUUGUUCUUAUUGGGCAGAUCAAAACUGUAGCAGAUCGCCAAUAGUAACUCACUGCAAUGUGAGUACAAUAGGGGUGAUCAUCCAUGUGAAUAAAAGCUGGGUAGAUGCCAACAAUUUGACCUGCAUCAAUGGAAGUGAAGUUUAUCAGCCAGGGCAGCUUCCCAGUGAACAGUAUUGGAACAAAGUGGCACUCCAACGCUCAAGUGGACUGGAUGAAACUGGAGAAAUUGUGUGGUAUUUAGCACUUUGUCUUCUUUUGGCUUGGCUCAUAGUUGGUGCAGCACUAUUUAAAGGAAUCAAGUCUUCUGGCAAGGUGGUAUAUUUUACAGCUAUUUUCCCCUAUCUUGUCCUACUUAUCCUGUUAAUACGAGGUGCAACUCUGGAGGGUGCGUCAAAAGGCAUUUCAUACUAUAUUGGAGCACAGUCAAACUUUACAAAACUUAUGGAAGCAGAGGUUUGGAAAGAUGCUGCAACUCAGAUAUUUUACUCCCUCUCAGUGGCUUGGGGUGGCUUAGUUGCUCUAUCAUCUUACAAUAAGUUCAAUAACAACUGCUACUCAGAUGCCAUUGUGGUUUGUUUAACAAACUGCCUCACAAGUGUGUUUGCUGGAUUUGCUAUUUUUUCUAUAUUGGGACACAUGGCUCACAUAUCUGGACAGGAAGUUUCUCAAGUUGUAAAAUCAGGUUUUGAUUUGGCAUUCAUUGCUUAUCCAGAAGCUCUAGCCCAACUCCCUGGGGGGCCAUUUUGGUCCAUAUUAUUUUUCUUCAUGCUGUUGACUUUGGGUCUCGACUCUCAGUUUGCUUCCAUUGAAACGAUCACAACAACAAUUCAAGAUUUAUUUCCCAAAGUGAUGAAGAAAAUGAGGGUUCCUAUAACUUUGGGUUGCUGCUUGGUUUUGUUCCUCCUGGGUCUCGUCUGUGUAACUCAGGCUGGGAUUUACUGGGUUAAUCUGAUUGACCAUUUCUGUGCUGGAUGGGGCAUUUUGAUUGCAGCUAUACUGGAAAUAGUAGGAGUCAUCUGGAUUUAUGGAGGGAACAGAUUCAUUAAAGAUAUAGAAAUGAUGAUUGGAGCAAAAAGGUGGAUAUUCUGGCUAUGGUGGAGAGCUUGCUGGUUUGCCAUUACGCCUGUUCUUUUGAUUGCAAUUUUCAUCUGGUCACUGGUGAAAUUUGACAGACCUGAUUACGGUAAAAUUCCAUAUCCUGACUGGGGAGUUGCUCUAGGCUGGUGUAUGAUUAUUUUCUGCAUUAUCUGGAUUCCAAUUAUGGCUAUUAUAAAAAUAAUUCAAGCUAAAGGAAACAUCUUUCAGCGCAUUGUAAGCUGCUGCAGACCAGCUUCUAACUGGGGCCCAUACUUGGAACGACACCGCGGGGAGAGAUACAAAGACAUGGCAGAUCCUAAGAAAGAGACCGACCAUGAAAUACCUACUAUCAGUGGCAGUGGGAAACCAGAAACCAGAAUAAGUUCUAAUUUUUAAGAAUAUGUGCCUGUGCAAUGUGAUUGCUUUAGAAUAGAGAAAAUUUUAUUUAUUUGUAUGUUAACUGAACAAAAAUGUAUAUAUUAUGUUCAUAAUAGUAAAACAACUAUUUUUCUCACUUAAGCAGGAAUGUAAUAUAAAAAUGUGAAUCUACUAAUUUUUAUCAAUGUGCUUAUUGUAUUUCCUUUAGAUGAUCUAUCUGUAUAGCACACACUAUGUGCAUUUCACAGUAACAUUUCUGUACAUAUUACCGUCCAGUUUUUCUAAUGUAGUAAAGGUUGGCAUUUGAGCGAAUUAUAUAGAAAAUAGUUAUAUUUUCUAUCACACAAGUUUUAAAAUAUUACGUGCUAAUAUUUUCUCGCUAUAUAGACUUUUCUCCGUAAACCUGGAGAAAAUAAAUCAGUCUAUUUAAAAGAAUGUGUUAAAAUUGAAGGCCUCAGUCGAUUAGAAAUGUUAUACAUAUGUGGAAGAAAUGGACUAUAUAUAUAGCAUGAGGACUGUAGUUUAAUACUUGUGAUCGAAAUGUCUAAAAACUUCAUGGAUUUAUGGCUCACCUUUCAUUGUGAACUUGAUAGUUAUAUUCUUUAUUUUCAUAUGUUAAAAAAGACAGAAAAAUUAGGAUGCUGUGGCCAGUAAGUGAGAAAUCUAGAAAACGGAAACCAGUGUCUUGGAAUACUUCUCCAUGUAACGUCUGUCCUAGGUUACAUUUGAAAGGAACAUCUGACCCAUCUAGUUUGUACUGUUUCACAAAAUUCAGAAUAGUUCAUUGGACUCUCUGAAAUCUAGGUAUCAUUUCAAAUAGACUAUGGAACAAAAUAC